AUGCAUCUAGAACAUUCCACCGCACUUUUUGCCAUUGCGGCGGUUGGCAUUCAUUCGACGCAUGCUCAUGUUGCGAGAUCUGCUCCCAAGGAUGCGACUUGCAGAAAAACCAGCGUUGCCAUUUUGGGCGGCGGCAUGGCGGGCAUAACCGCAGCACAAGCACUCUCAAAUAACUCCAUCACCGACUUCGUCAUCAUAGAGUACAAUGACCGAGUCGGCGGCCGUGCUACACAGACGAACUUUGGCAAAAAAGAAGAUGGCUCACCUUAUGUGGUUGAGCUGGGACCAAACUGGAUUCAGGGCCUCGGCAGUCCAGGUGGCCCAGCUAACGCCCAGCCCCAGGCUAAAAAGUACAACCUGAAGAACACCUUCUCCAACUAUAGCUCCAUCUUGACCUACGACGAAACCGGCUACACUGACUACAGCGACAUACUUGACGAAUAUGAUGAAGCAUGGACCAGAGCAUCCGUCAGGGCCGGCCGUAUGCUCGCAGAGAACGCCCAAGACGAAAACUCCCGCGCUGGUCUUGCCAUGGCCGGAUGGAACCCGAAGCACACCGAUAUGAAGCGCCAGGCGGUUGAGUGGUGGAACUGGGACUGGGACGCCGCACUGACCCCGGAAGAGUCGUCUCUGAUAUUCGGUGCCGCCAGUGACAACCUCACUUUCCACCAGUUCAGCGACCACAACAACCUCGUUAUCGACCCCCGGGGCUACAGGCACAUUAUUGAAGAAGAGUCGAACACGUUUCUCAAGAAGACCGACAACCGGCUGCUUCUCAAGACCCAAAUCACAAACGUCACCUACUCGGACGACGGCGUCACCAUUCACAACAGCGACGGCUCGUGCAUCUCGGCCGCCUACGCCAUCUGCACGUUCUCCCUCGGCGUUCUCCAAAACAAUGCCGUGGCCUUUGAGCCCCGGCUCCCCGAGUGGAAGCGGGUGGCCAUUCAAAAGUUCAGCAUGGGCACCUACACCAAGAUCUUCAUGCAGUUCAACGAGACCUUCUGGCCCGCAGACGCGCAGUACUUCCUCUACGCGUCUCCCACGACGCGCGGGUACUACCCCGUGUGGCAGUCCCUCUCGACCGAGGGCUUCAUGCCCGGCUCCAACAUCAUCUUUGCCACCGUCACCGAGGAAGGCUCCUACAGAGCGGAGCAGCAGACAGACGAGCAGACCAAGGCCGAGGCGCUCGGGGUCCUGCGGCAAAUGUUCCCCAACGUCACGGUCCCCGAGCCGCUGGCCUUUAUGUAUCCUCGCUGGACCAAGACGCCGUGGUGCUUCGGCAGCUACUCCAACUGGCCCAUCGGCACCACUCUCGAGAUGCACCAGAACCUGCGGGCAAACACGGGCCGGCUGUGGUUCGCGGGCGAGGCCACCAGCGCCGAGUACUUUGGGUUCCUACACGGCGCCUGGUUCGAGGGGAUGGAGGCUGGAUCCCAGGUUGCCGCCUUGUUGAAGGGCGAGUGUGCCCACGUAUUCAACGGCGCCGAGUGUGGCGGCAGGCUUCAUUAUAAGACGCUUCGCGGAACCUCGCCCCUGGAGAACUACAACCUUCUCAAUGGCUGGGCGGCCAGCAGCUUUUAG